AUGGAAGAAGCAAGAGUGGAUGGACACUUGGGGACUUACGGAGGCGCCUCCGAUGGGCGCGGGGCGUGCCAAGCCAGAUGUGUGGCUUGCAGAGAGCCGAUUGGCGAAUCCUCGGCCGUCUGGGCAAGAAUUCGCAGAAGCAGUUCCGAACGUCUUCCCGUCUUGGCAGAUGCUUACCAACCUUGGCAUCGAGACGAUCUGUCUCCUCUUUUGACCUCUGCCAAGUCAGACACGUGGGCAAGGUCGCAGGGAGGCAGUCCUACCGGGCACUUGCCUCAUGGCCAUGUCUUCCGCCGGAAGCAAAGGCAGAGUCUCGCAUUAGUCUGCCCAUUGUUGCUCAUCGACAAUCUCCCGGCAAGCCCAUGUCCACGAGGGGGGGUGCUGGUUGCGCUCUGA